AAUCUGUCGAACGUCUAUCCAACAAAUAGUUUUUUAUUCAACGUGAUAUUGAAGCAAAAGAAAUACAAUUUAAGUGGAACAAAUUUAACAGCACAACGCAUGAGAGUGCAUUUAACGGGCUGCAAAACAUUCCGGGCCACCAAACAAGCGAGCUUAUUAUCAAAAACGGGCCGCUGCAGUUACAGUAACAGCAGUAAUAACAACAACAUUUGCAUCCGAUUGAUUGUGUGAGAUUGUGACUACUGUCUGGUAUAACCACAAAAAAAUUUUCUCUGCAUUUCGAGCCCCAAUUUCGCUGCGAGAACAAGCAAGAACAAGCAGCUAGCGAAAAAAGAAAAUAAAACGGAGAACGGUGUGACGGUACAUCGAAGUCACAAUCAGUGCCUGUGACUUCGUCAUAGUCGUCGUAGUUUCAGUGCUUACUUUGAAUGUUCAUAUUAUUAAUUACAUCGAUUAAUAACACUGAACGUCAAAAUUGACGUACUACUAAAAUUGCGACGCAUCUACUCCAAGUUGAAUUAACUUGGCUGGAAAAACAGCAAAUAUUUUAGCUGCAACUACAAGAAUAACAGCUAUCAAGUGUGUGGGUGACGGAAUUGCAUUGAAAUGUCUGCGGAACGUGAAAUACCCGCUGAGGACAGCAUUAAAGUCGUUUGUCGUUUUCGGCCACUGAAUGACAGCGAGGAGCGCGCCGGCUCGAAGUUUGUUGUUCGGUUUCCAAACAAUGCGGAGGAGAAUUGCAUAUCCAUAGCGGGUAAGGUCUAUCUGUUUGACAAAGUCUUCAAGCCGAACGCAUCCCAGGAGAAGGUGUACAAUGAGGCGGCCAAAUCGAUCGUCACGGACGUGCUCGCUGGCUACAAUGGAACCAUAUUUGCCUAUGGUCAAACAUCCUCCGGCAAGACGCACACAAUGGAGGGUGUCAUCGGUGAUUCGGUGAAACAGGGUAUCAUUCCACGCAUUGUCAAUGACAUUUUCAAUCACAUCUACGCAAUGGAAGAGAAUCUGGAGUUUCACAUUAAGGUCUCGUACUAUGAGAUCUACAUGGACAAGAUUAGGGAUUUGCUCGAUGUAUCUAAGGUGAACUUGAGCGUGCAUGAGGACAAAAAUCGUGUGCCCUUCGUCAAGGGUGCCACGGAGCGUUUUGUUUCCUCGCCCGAGGAUGUGUUCGAGGUGAUCGAGGAGGGCAAAUCUAAUCGCCACAUUGCCGUGACAAACAUGAACGAGCACUCGUCCCGUUCGCAUUCGGUGUUCCUUAUUAAUGUCAAGCAGGAGAAUCUGGAGAAUCAAAAGAAAUUAUCCGGCAAGCUGUAUUUGGUGGAUUUGGCUGGUUCCGAAAAGGUCUCGAAAACAGGCGCCGAGGGCACAGUUCUGGAUGAGGCAAAGAACAUUAACAAGUCGCUAUCGGCACUGGGCAACGUCAUCUCAGCGCUGGCGGAUGGCAACAAAACGCACAUACCGUAUCGUGACUCCAAGCUGACGCGUAUCCUGCAGGAGUCGCUCGGUGGCAAUGCACGCACAACAAUUGUCAUCUGUUGCUCGCCGGCUAGCUUCAAUGAAUCGGAAACAAAGUCAACGUUGGACUUUGGUCGCCGCGCCAAGACAGUGAAGAAUGUGGUUUGUGUCAACGAGGAGUUGACCGCCGAGGAAUGGAAGCGUCGCUACGAAAAGGAGAAGGAGAAGAACGGACGUCUCAAGGGCAAGGUGGAGAAGCUGGAACUCGAACUGGCGCGUUGGCGUGCAGGUGAAACGGUCAAGGCGGAGGAGCAAAUCAACAUGGAGGAUCUCAUGGAGGCCAGCACGCCCAAUCUCGAUGUGGAGGCCGCUGCACAAGCAGCUGGUGCAGCAGCAGCGGCCGCGGCCGCUGCCCAACGCACGGCCAUUGCCAAUAUGUCCUCGUCGGUGGCAGCGGAUGAACGUGCCCGUUUGGCCGCUGAGUGUGAGCGUCUCUAUCAGCAGCUGGAUGAUAAGGAUGAGGAAAUCAAUCAGCAGAGCCAGUAUGCAGAGCAGCUGAAGGAACAGGUGAUGGAGCAGGAGGAGCUGAUUGCGAAUGCGCGACGUGAGUACGAGGCGCUGCAAUCGGAGAUGGCGCGCAUACAGCAGGAGAACGAAUCGGCCAAGGAGGAGGUCAAGGAGGUGCUACAGGCAUUGGAGGAGCUGGCCGUCAACUAUGAUCAGAAAUCGCAGGAAAUCGACAACAAGAACAAGGAUAUCGAUGCCCUCAACGAAGAACUGCAGCAAAGUAAAUCUCAAUUAAAUUCCACAUCAACGGAGCUGCAGCAGCUGAAGGACAUGUCCACACACCAAAAGAAACGAAUCACCGAAAUGCUAACCAAUCUACUGCGCGAUCUGGGUGAGGUUGGUCAGGCCAUAGCGCCUGGCGAUUCCGCAAUCGAUCUCAAGAUGAGUGCUCUAGCUGGCACCGAUGCCACCAAGGUGGAGGAGGACUUCACCAUGGCGCGUCUGUACAUUAGCAAAAUGAAAACGGAGGCAAAGAACAUUGCGCAGCGUUGCGCCAACAUGGAGACCCAACAGGUGGACUCCAACAAAAAGAUCUCCGAGUACGAAAAGGAUCUUGGCGAGUAUCGCUUGCUCAUCUCGCAGCAUGAGGCGCGAAUGAAGUCGCUGCAGGAAUCGAUGCGCGAGGCCGAGAACAAGAAGCGUAAUCUCGAGGAGCAGAUCGAUUCGCUGCGUGAAGAGUGCGCCAAGCUAAAGGCGGCUGAGCAUGUGUCCGCAGUGAAUGCAGAGGAGAAGCAACGCGCCGAGGAGCUGCGCUCCAUGUUCGAUUCGCAAAUGGAUGAGCUGCGCGAGGCGCACACUAAACAGGUGUCCGAGUUGCGCGACGAGAUUACCGCCAAGCAGCACGAAAUGAACGAGAUGAAGGAUGUGCACCAGAAGCUGUUGCUGGCGCAUCAGCAGAUGACCGUCGACUAUGAGAAGCUCAAGCAGGAGGAGGCGGAAAAAUCGAACAAAUUGCAGGACAUUAUUUUAACCAACGAGCGACGCGAACAGGCGCGCAAGGACCUCAAGGGUCUGGAGGACACCGUCGCCAAGGAGCUGCAAACGUUGCACAAUCUACGCAAACUCUUCGUACAGGAUCUACAGCAACGCAUUCGCAAGAAUGUGGUGAACGAGGAGAGCGAAGAGGACGGUGGCUCAUUGGCGCAAAAGCAAAAGAUCUCCUUCCUGGAGAACAAUCUCGAUCAGCUGACCAAGGUGCACAAGCAACUGGUUAGAGACAAUGCCGAUCUGCGCUGCGAGCUGCCCAAGCUGGAGAAGCGUUUGCGCACAACAAUGGAACGUGUGAAGGCACUGGAGACGGCGCUGAAAGAGGCCAAGGAGGGUGCGAUGCGGGAUCGCAAACGCUAUCAGUACGAGGUGGAUCGCAUCAAGGAGGCGGUGCGACAAAAGCAUUUGGGACGACGAGGACCACAGGCACAAAUUGCCAAGCCCAUCAGGGCUGGCCAGGGUGCGAUUGCAAUACGCGGCGGUGGUGGCAGCGGUGCCGCCGGCGGUGCCACAUUGGCUCAGGUUGGCGCUGUUAACUCCUAACUCCUGACAUCCAAAUCGCCGCCCAGUUUCCGCAAUGAUUCAGUUUAGCUCCGCUUUAAUCUAUUAUAACCUAACCGUAAAAUAAUUGCCUUCGCUUAAAGAAUGUCGUUCUGCGAUCAUGUGCAGCGCUUUAUAUAUAAAUAAAAGUAAUUAAAUAAAUGAGAGGAACGUAAAAAAGAGAAAAUUAUUAACUAAAUUUUACAACAAGAAGAGAACCCCACAGAUAUUUAAGGACACAUAAAUAAGUAUAAGCAUAUUUAUAAACUUUUCAAAUAUAAACUUAAAUAAAAGUCGCAGACAAUUU